UUGGCCCAGGCUCUGCCCUGAGACAAGGUCCAGAGGCCUGGCCAAUGGUGGGUCCACUCCUGUGUAGGGAGGUGAGGGGCGGGGCUCUGGGGGACUGCUUCCCAGCAGCACCCCGAGGGCCCCGGGGCCCCGCCUCAGCCAGGCUGCAGGUGGACGGAGGUGCGCACAGUGUGAGUCAGGUGAGAGCCCUCCAGGAAGUGACCCCUGGGGCCUGUGGAGACACUUGAGCGAUUGUGCCAAACAAUGGACAAAGAGGCGCUGGGGUUGGUGGAGCCAAGGUGCCUUCCGCGCCCCAGCCUGCUCGUGGCUGAGCCCAGCUGGAGGGCGGUGCUAUAAAGCCAGGUCGGCGGGGUUCGCGUGGACUCGGGACCAUGGGCCAGAGGAUGGGCAUGUGGAUGAGGGCUGCUCUGCUGAGCUGUGUCCUGGCGCUGCUCCAGGUGUCUGCUGCUCAGGCCGAGGUCCUGCUGCAGCCAGAUUUUGAUGCCAAAAAGUUCUCAGGCCUCUGGUAUGUGGUCUCCAUGGUCUCUGACUGCAAGGUCUUCUGGGGCAAGAAGGACCACCUGCUGAUGUCCACCAGGGAGAUCAACGCCACAGAGGAGGGCAACCUCAGCGUCCACAUGGAGUUCCCCGGGGCUGAUGGCUGUAACCAGGUGGAUGCUGAGUACCUGAGGACAGGCUCCCAAGGGCACUUCCGAGUCCCGGCUUUGGGCUACCUGGAUGUGCGCAUCGUGGAGAUGGACUACAGCUCCUUCGCUGUGGUCUACAUCUACAAGGAGCUGGAGGGGGCCUUCAGCACCAUGGUGCAGCUCUACAGCCGGACCCAGGAAGCGAGUCCCCAGGCCAUGAAGGCCUUCCAGGACUUCUACCUGACCGUGGGGCUCCCCGAUGCCAUGAGGGUCACGCUGCCCAAGUCAGAUGCGUGCUCCCCCGGGGGCAAGGAUGCACCAUGACAUUGCUGGAGACCCACCUUGGCUCUUCCCAGGUUGAGCUGGAGCAGCAGGCCUUGGCGCCCCAACUCCCGAGUUGUCCAGACUCACGACCCUCCUGGCCCUGUACCUCCCCGACCCCCAUUCUCCAUGGGACAUCUCCUUAGGGCUCCCCCUUCUACCCAAUAAACAGAAUCUGCAG